CGUUGUUUAACGAAUUUGCGCUUUUGUAUUCUUUUCCUUGGAGGCAUAGGAUUAAAACGUUGGCACAGUAUACAUAGCUCUAGUGGCUAUAGGAGUAUUGUUGACGGCAUAUGCAAACGCCAUAGUUGCAAGGGUUGAACGGUCCUAUAACUUACCAGGAUGUCUGCGUCUUACGUUUUGUUAAGCUAGGCUCCAGGAGCUGCAGCUGACAAUUCAAUUGGCCAAGGAAUGCGUCGCCAGGCGCCGGCAGCUUUCGGAUUACAACCGGAUGCAGCGGGACGAGGACCAACAUAUGAGCGUGUCCAAAAGCUUUUGGAGGAGCGGCGUGCGCGUGCACAGGCACAACUAGCUGCUCAAACAUCGCAGGAGCAAGGUGCAGCGUAUGCGGCCCCAACGGAGCUUGGCGAAAGCGACUACUAUCAGCAGUCCGCCCAUUCACCCAGAAGCGAACAGAGCUUUGCCUUCGACCGGCCGAGCACGUCUCAGGGCCGUGGUGGUCGCCCUGCAGUGCUGGAGCCAGCACGCCGGAGUAACUCCCUAGCACGACAGGUGCCGGACGGCCAUGACCCCUACCGCCAGCAUGCCUGGCAGCCAGACGACCAAUUCAAUAUGCCAGCAGAAGAGCUAGGCGUCGAGGGCGACUUCCAUGCAGCCCAGUCAUCAGAACUUCAACGCCAGGCGUCGCUGCCUUACUCUGAGCACGCCUUACCACAACAAAGGCCUCAUGACGUGCUUCGCCGCUCGACGCAGCUGGAUACCCAGGAGGAAGACGCCAAUACCGUCGGGGCUGACGGCCAGCCAACCCUUGCCCAGCUGGAGCAGAUGCUGCAGCAGACCGUUGAGCGUCUGAACAUGGAGGGCCCAGAAGGGAUGCGCGUGCCGUCUAGCAAGGACAUGAUGUUUGGCAUGGCAGAUGUCGAAGGUCCCUUUGACAUCUCAGACCUCUGGGCGAUGGAAUCCCAGCCCAGCAACUCGCAGCCAUCACAUCCUCACGAAUCGCAUUCUGGAACUGACGACGACCCAGACGAGGGGCAUGAGGUUAACUCCUACGCAGCCGCCUACAACCAGCAGAGGCUGCAGCAGUCACUUCCGAGCAGCCCCGUGCAGGCCGGAGGCAAUGACCGCCAUCGUCACCAGCAGCAGGCCGUGCGGGACAGCCCCAUGCGGUCAAGCAUGCAGUCGAGGGAUCGGCUGCAGCAGCAGCCGUCGGUUCAAGCAGGAGCCCCACAAGUCUGGAAUCAGCCCCAUCCACAUGCGCAACAGCCCUACGUGCAGGUGCAGCAGCCCCAGCACGUGCAGACGCAGCAGCCCUACAUGCAAGCCCAGCGGCCGCACCCACAGGCUCAGGGCCCCCACCACCCGGCCCAACGGCCGGAGAUGCUCCAGGCGCAACAGCAGCAGCAUCAGAUGCUCCAGGCGCAACAGCAGCAGCAUCAGAUGCAACAGCACGCGUCAGCUGUAAGCCGGGGUGCUUCCAUGCCCCGAGGGGUGUCGCCGGAUGUGCUAAGGCGGCAGCAGCAGCAGCGGCCUGUGUCGGCACGCAUGCAGCAGCAGCAGCAGCCAAUCCUUGCCCGGCAUUCGCAGCAGUUGGAGCAAAGGAAGGACGCAUCGCGGGUUCCGCCGCUUCGCCGCACCAUUUCACCAACCGGAGGCCAUCAGGCUCAGCGGCCAAGGUCUGCGUUUGCGCGCGUCUCGCCUCGGUUCAACCAGCCGCCGCGGACAGCUGUGGAAUCCCCUCGGCGAAACAGCGGGGAGUUCACAUUCCGGCCCCAGAUCAAUCCGCGCAGCCGCGAGAUUGCGGAGCGCGUGCUCCCAUUGGACAGGGCACGACGCAUUGAGGAGCUGAGCCGGCCGCGCAACGAGCGAGUGGAGCAGCGCUAUGAGCAGCUGCGGCAAGCCAAGGAGGAGGAGGAGCUGCGGAACUGCACCUUUCAGCCGCGCACCGGCCGGCCGCCAAGCACACCCCGCAUGCAGGCCGGCGGCCCCGUGCAUGAGCGGCUAUAUAACGUAAAGCCUGCGUGGAUGCUUAAGCGGGACGAGAUUCUGCGGGAGAGGGAGCAAGCAGCUCUGGCUAGCUGCACCUUCCAGCCGCAAUGCGGAUCAAGGCGGAUCCCCGACACCACCACCAUCACCACCACCGCCGCCGUGUCCAGGUCUAACAGUGCGGCGCGGCGCCGGCCUAACAGCGCAGCCGCAGCAGCCAGCGGCGCUGGCUCGGACUCGACGUACGUGCCCAUCCACCAACGAGUAGCUGACCUCCUACGCAGCCGCAACGAAAAGCUCGCAAAGGUCCAGGUCAAAAUGGAGCUUGACGGCGGCCCCGUGACCUUCCAGCCGGAGAUCAACGCUCGCUCUGCACAGCUGGCAGCGGAGCGGCAGCGACAGCAGCCCGCGGAGGUGGCGGCGCUGCCCGCUAAUGAGCGCCUGUACCGCCUGGCCCAGGAGCAGUCUUGCGGCAUCAGGCGGCGGACGACUGGCGAGGACUCGAGCUCCAGCUACGGCGACGUAGCCACCGCUCGAGACCAGCGGCAGCAGCAUCAGCAGCAGCGCCCCGCUGUGCCCAACAUCAACCCUCGCAGCCGCGCCCUGGCGGAGAGCUCCAAGCUCCCACAGGACUUCCUCACUCGACAGGCGUACCUUGCCGCCCUUGGUCACGAGAAGCGGGCGCUGUACCGCAGCUUCCUGGAGGAGUCCACGUGCACCUUUCAACCGCAACUGCGCACCUCCAAAAAUGGCAGUCUUCACUCGAGCGGCUGCCUGGGGCCAGGUGCCGGUGGGAGCUUCGGUCCGGGCUCGGGCUCUAACUGGUCUGGUUCGGGCGGUGGCGAGGGCGACCGGACGUCCAAGCUGGCCUACGACGACGUGCAACGCAGCGUGGCUCUGCGGGAAGCGUUAGAGCAGCACCACUACGGCCAGUACACCUUCGCGCCCGCCAUUAACGAGCGCUCAAGACGAAUCGGCCGGCGGCACUCCCUGACGGAUCUCUACAAGGAUGAGGACCGGCAAGUCAAGCUGGAGCGCCUGGCAGCUGCCGCGGAGGCCCAGCGCGCGGCGGAGUGCACCUUCCAACCCGCCAUCAACGCACGCAGCGCCUCCAUGGGGCGGCAGCGGCGUAGCAGCAUGAUCCUGACGUCGGUGGAUUGCCACGAGCAGGCCAACAAACUCCGCAGCAGCAUUUUGCUGGAGGCCCGGGCCAUGCGCGAGCAUGAGGAGCUGAAGGAGUGCACCUUUACACCCGCCAUCAACCGCACCGUUCCAAAGCACUCGGGCGACGUGACGGUGCAGGGAAUGGAUCGACACUUGGAGCUCAAGGAAUUGGCACGCCGGAAACGUGAGGCCGACGAGGCACGGAAGGCAGAGGUGUGGCACUUGCGGCCCAAGUCGCCGGGGCCCCGUGUCGGCGUAACGGUGCCGCAGCCCUUUAGCUUCGAGAAACGCGUCUUGCCGUGGCAGGUGAAUCGCGGACAGGCGGCCCAGCAACAGCAGCAGCAGGACCAGCAGCAGAGGGCGCUAGCUGCACUCAAACAACAGCGCCAGCAGCAGCGGAAGGUGGCGGAGGAUCGCCGCUCUGCGCAGCUCCAGCGGAUCAUCCAGGAGGCCCAUGCGCAUGAGGAGCAGCGGGCGAGCGUGGCAGUCACGCCAGGUCUGCGGCCCUCGUCCGCCGUGGGCCCGCAGGCGGCGUCGCUUGCUGCCGGCCGCGGCGGUGCUGCCUUCCAAUACCAGGCAGCCGAGUUUGAGCCGCCAAGCCCGGCUGAUAUGUACGACAUGCCCGGCCCGCAUGCUGCCGCCGUGCGUGCGUCGCAGAACCGCUUCCAUAACGGCGCGCAGGAGGCCAUGCGGACAUCGUACGGGCACAAUCUGCCUAUGGACGGAUACGGAGGCGAGACGUUCCCUGCAAGCCCUCCGCGGGACGAGUUACGCAUGCGCUUCAACUAAGCAGCCAGCCAGCCGUCAGCGGGAUGUUCGGACUUCACGUUUUUAACCUGAUUUUACAAGACGCGUCCGUCUACCUUCUCAAAUGCGAGAUUGUUGGCAUUCGGUGUGGCAGGUUCUUAAGGUCGCUCACAGCGGCGAAGGGCGCGGUACACUCAAGCCGUAGAAAGUGCCGAAGGGCACUUGUUUGGCUUCCUCUGUUGCGCCCGACGGAUAAACCAUGCGGGGAAUGGCAGCGCCACAUGUCUCUGGCGGUUUUGCAACCGGACGGUCAAGUAGUUAUGCGCACCUUACGUUUUUGUAGCCACACCCGGGACUGAGUGCCCGUGUAAACAUCCAAACCUCCGCUCGCUGACCACGCCUCUUGGCAGCAUAUGACUCUCGUGACACUAUUGGUGACAUUACUGCUAUUGUAAUUAUUGUGGAGGAGAUGCGGCAAGGAACAUACUGGUUGUUCACAUGCUGGGGGUUACUCCCCAAAGCGGGAGGACAGGUGUAAUCUUGGUUCUUGGGCCCAUGGACGUCCAACGAUGCUAACGUAUCUCAAACUGGGAAGGGGCGUAUUAGACGCCAAGGCGCUAUGUAAACAAUUCAUACACGGCAUGGGAUCGGUUGCUGUAAAAGAUGGAAUGGAGCUACCAAGCCAUGUCCCAGGCUCUGCAGCGCC